AUGAGAGGUAUUACAAUUAUUAGAUAUUAUGCGACCAAUGCAUCCAUGAAAUUAUCAAAAAAUAGACUGCCCAAGUUACCAAUACCUAGGGAUUUAAAGUUAUUUCUAGAUGAAUAUAUUAUUGGUCAAGAAAAUAGUAAGAAGGUUCUUAGUGUUGCUGUUUAUAACCAUUAUCUAAGGAUUCAUGAUAGACAAAGAAAGCUUGAUCUAUUGAAACAGCGUCAAACUUUGGAAGAGCAAUUGAAGGAAAAAGACAGUGAGAUUGGCAAUGGUAGUAAUAUAUCUGGUAGCCAAUUGAAUAGCGAAGCUAUGGCAGGGUUGAAGAAUCUGCGUAGACAAUUAGAGUCGUUUAAAGAGGACGAGGAUUUAGAACUGAGCAAAAGUAAUGUGUUGGUAGUUGGACCAACAGGUUCAGGUAAAACUCUGCUUGCGACUACCUUAGCGAGGGUGCUAGAGGUUCCUAUCGCAAUUUCAGAUUGUACCCAGUUGACUCAAGCUGGUUAUAUUGGUGAUGACGUCGAAAAAUGUGUUGAAAGAUUAUUAAUAAAUGCUGAUUUCGAUGUUGCCAAAGCUGAAAAGGGGAUUAUUGUAUUAGACGAAAUCGAUAAAUUAGCUAAAUCGACUAACAACAUUAUGUCAAAGGACGUAUCUGGAGAAGGUGUUCAACAAUCCUUGUUGAAAUUAAUUGAGGGACAUAAAGUGGAAAUUUCCGUGAAACGACCAGUAAAAGUUGAUAAGGAUGAUAAAAGUAACAAGACUGCAAUGAAAAAAGACGAAACCUUUGUAAUAGACACUUCUAAUAUUUUAUUCAUGAUCAUGGGUGCCUUCGUUGGUCUAGAUAAACAUGUUGCUAACAGAAUCAAAAAUAUGAAAGAGCUAACUAAAGUACAUGAAAAAGAUCAACCUAAAGAACAAGAAGAAAUAGAGAAUAAAGAGCGGGAAACUGAAUAUAAAGGAAUCGAAGAAGUUGAAAUUAGUGAAGGGAAAAAAGUUCCUGCAUUGAAUUUGACCACUCCCGCUGAUUUAGUUAGAUUUGGUAUUAUUCCUGAAUUGGUCGGUAGAGUUCCGAUCAUUACAGCAUUACAACCAUUAAAAGAAGAAGAUCUAUACAAUAUUUUAAGGGAACCAAAGAAUGCAUUAUUGUAUCAGUAUGAAUAUAUCUUCAAGCAGUUUGGAGUAAAGCUGUUAGUUACCGAAAAAGCUUUGAAAAAAGUUGCAGAAAUCUCAUUAAAAGAAGGUACAGGAGCAAGAGGUCUGAGAGGUAUUAUGGAAAGAUUAUUAUUGAAUGUCAAUUAUGAAUGCCCUGGAUCUGAAAUUUCUUAUGUACUAGUUAAUGAAGAUACUGUGAAUUCUUUGCAACAAACUGAAUAUUCCUUAGCUAGUGAAGUUGAAGCAAAAUUUUAUAAAUCAAAUGAAACCGACGUGCUGAUUGAUAUCAUCAAGAAUGAAGACACCAAAUUGGCAGAUGAACUAGAACGAACAAUGAAAUAA